UAAAUAACUUGCUUUAUGCUAUCUUUGUCAGAUCAAAUCACAGCAUUUAUACUGAGCCUUUCGAGCCAUUUGUGCAUGGAACUUUUGGGAUUGUUCAACCUAAACCUUUGAAUAUGUUUAUAGAUCAAAUAAGAAAUUUUUUUGCUGAGAUAACAGCUAGAAGUCGUGGAUUCGGGCAUCCAGAUUAUGAUGGGUUCAUGCCAUAUUAA